UGGUGUGGCGACUUGUAACUCGACAGCUAUGUCUGCAGUCAUAAAGCAUAAUUAGUUUUUGAUUAACCACUUUAAUUAACACAUCAUUUGUCAAGUUUGGGAGCCGGGACUACCACUGCCGUAAAUACAACUUCACGUUCAAGUUAUCUAACAGACCACGAAUAACUUCAGAUUGACUAGUUUAUGAAAAUUGGAUUAUCUGGCUAUGGAGAAUGACGAAACUCGUGUUUUAUUGCAAAGUGCAGGCCCUGAAUCAUCACCGUCACCUUCCUUUUCUUGGAGAGACAAUGUAAACUGCGGAGAGGGUACUCCACAUAAUUCUACCCGAGUCUUUUACGCAAUUUUAACGGCGAUCCCGGUUUCCAUGAUUGUUAUUGGUGCGAUUUUCCUUCAUGCUUGUCCUGUUGAGCGUAUGAUCCCGAUCUACCUAAUUGUGGCAGGAUGCUUUGGUUGUGCCAAGUACGUGUUUAACUUGGUCCAGAGAUGGCGUCACUCAAACAGGGGGAAGGAAGAAGAUAAAAAAACGUGUAACCUUAUUGAACAACUUGUCAACUGUUUUCUGUUCGCUUGGUUUAUUGCAGGCAGUGUUUACAUCUACCGUAUUUAUAACGAAGUGAGCUACGACCCUUUAAACAAGGAUCACUACUGUCACAAGAGUUUGUAUUUGUUUGCCUUUUGGGUGACAACUUCAGUCUACAUCAUCAUGGGACUCUCCUGUUUUUGUGUUGGUUAUGUCAGAUGUUUAUCAUCCUUGUGUAAAGCAAUCGACCCUACCGAGAGUCGCCUAGAAAAUAUUCGAGAGGCCAAUUAAUUUUUUUUUAUAUAAUGCAUUGUGUAAUUAAAAUUUAUAUGGUU